GUGCGUGGCAAAGAGUAAAGGCCCGAAAGCACGGAACUGCUGCCACUAUAUAAUACUGAACGCUCCUCAAACGCAUAGCAUAACCCUUCUUCUUCUGCUUUUCAUAUACCGAUCGCCCCAAACCCUAAGUGUUUACGACAACGAGAUGGCCUCUAAGCGGAUCAAUAAGGAAUUGAAGGACUUGCAGAAGGAUCCUCCUGCUUCUUGUAGUGCUGGCCCUGUCGCUGAUGACAUGUUCCAUUGGCAAGCUACAAUCAUGGGCCCAGGAGAUAGCCCAUUUGCGGGAGGUGUGUUUCUUGUGCAAAUUCACUUCCCUCCGGAUUAUCCUUUCAAACCACCCAAGGUUUCAUUCCGCACAAAGGUUUUCCACCCUAAUAUCAACAGUAAUGGUAGCAUUUGCCUUGACAUCCUGAAAGAGCAAUGGAGCCCUGCCCUCACAAUAUCCAAGGUGCUACUGUCUAUUUGUUCUCUGUUGACUGAUCCCAACCCAGAUGAUCCUCUGGUCCCUGAAAUUGCUCAUAUGUACAAGAGUGACAAAACUAAGUAUGAGGCCACUGCUCGGUCAUGGACCCAGAAAUAUGCCAUGGGUUAAGGGAUGGCCAAGAUGUUUUACAUUUUAUCUAUAGUAGCUGUAGUUAAUAAAUAGUCUUGAAUUGAUCCAAACAAAUGUGAUACUCUACUCUCUCAUCUGCCAUUUUGGAACUGUGCAUUUUUGGAAAGGCAGUUUCGAAUUAUAUGAAGUUUAUGCACGCAAACUCGCUCGCUUAUAUGUUCUGCAUCUAUUUCAUUUAGUUUAUAUUAA